GGCCGCGUACACAGCCGGUACUCAGAUUUGGAGAACCUCAUUGGGAGGACACUGUGACAAAAAAGUUGAACGAAAUGGGCCUGACCGGAAACCACCUCGUUAGCCUUUUGCUGUACAUCACCGUAGUCAACGAGUUCCGACUUCCUCUGGUGACGUGCCAGGAUGAAGACAGCACUCAAUGCAUGCCAAAACAAGCUUUCCUAGCUCUAUUGCGCCAUCCGGAAGUUAGUUCGAAUUUAGCUGCUUAUUCUAGAGCAGCAAGAGUAAGUGGAGAUGCAAAAAGUCGCAAUGAUAUGGCACACUUGAGAGCUCUAACCGAAGAAGGCGACGACUCAGAGAUCUGCGUACCUGGUCGGGUUUAUUUGCAACUGUUGAAGGAUCCGGUUGUACGUGGCGAUCUCAGCAUUAUUCUUAAUGGAAGAACACAGAAGUUACCAGAUCUUCUGGGACGUUUGCUCGAUGAUAGCGAUGAUAUUGACGCGAGGGAAUUCUUGCCCGAAUCUCAGAAAAGAAGCCUAGCAACGUUGGCUAAGAAUGACGAUCUACCAUUUAGUAUUCACGAUCGCGUUGUUGAAAAUGAAGAUGAUGAAGAGAAGAGGGCUGUAAUUUCGAGCGAGCAACAAGGGCAAAACGAUUAUCUCCUACCAAACAGUCGUUCAGACUUACAAGCUUUCACACGAGAUUAUCUAAUGGAGAAACGAAACGUUGGCACUUUGGCUCGAGAUUUCGCGUUGCCACCUGGCAGACGUAAUAUGGCAUCGCUAAUUCACGAUUACGAUCAGAGCAAGAAUAAUAACAAAGAACCUAUGAUACGUUACAAUGGAAAAAGGAACGUCGCUUCCUUGGCGAGAACGUAUACUCUGCCUCAUAAUGGGAAAAGGAACGUAGCAUCCGUAGCCAGAGACUAUGGACUUCCUUAUGGGAAAAGAUACGUCGGUUCCCUAGCUAGAACAGGCGAUUUUCCUGCCAGAAACCAGAGGAGUGUCUCAUCUUUGGCUAAAAAUUCCGCUUGGCCAGUUUCGUUGAAGAGAGGUGUUCUUCUGCCUGGAAGCGUGAUCCUUAGGACCCUCUCCCGUCAUGGUAGAUCGAUGGCGGACGAAAUGAACGCAAGGAACGACCUGUUGGAUCUUCAGGAACUGAGUAAUCUGGAAGAGAAUCAGGAAAACGAUUACGAAACAGCGGAGGAGAAGUUGAACGAUUCGUUGGCGAAAAUUGAAUCGAACGUUAGGAGAUCUAAAAGACAGAUUGGAUUCUCCGAUGAAUACCCUUUGCCUGUCAUGCAGAAUACGAACGUUUUCGAUUAUGAAGAGAUGAUGGAGGCACUCAGUGGACAAUAUCCGAAUGCUGAGAAGAGGUUCAUGGAAACAGGUUCUGCACCGGAGAUGCAGCCAGAGGUAGACCAGUUCGGCUACCCGGAAACGUUUCAAGCGAGUAAAAGACACAUCGGAGCCCUGGCACGUCUUGGUUGGCUUCCAACUUUGAGGGUCGCGCGAUUUUCGCGCUCACCUCGGUAUCUAAUUGGCAGGGAGAAUCCCGCAGAUGGGACCUCGUCCGACUACUCCUCCAACACGUCAAGGUCGCUAAGACCUAACUUCAACCCAAGGGCACGCUACGUUCAAGCCUUGCACGAGGAUUGUCGACACGGCUUCGAAAGGUUUCUCCCCUUACCGACUAUGGGUAAUUAUUUCCAUCAGAAACUUCCAAGCACGCUGCGAUCUAAAUCGUCGUAAACCGUUCCCCUUCUAAAUUACCUGUUACUCGAUAGAUGUCGAUGAAUUAGUUACUUUGUUCACGCGUUUGCUCGUACAUCUCUGGAAUUGAAUAACAAUUACUAAACACUUCGCUUUGAGAAACGAAUUUUAUCUAGGAAUGUCCGAUAUUUGCCUGUAACUGGUAAACGAAAAAUUUACAGGUAACUUCUUUCUUGUUCUCAGUUAGCUACUGCAGAUCAAAUUAUUUUCGAAUUGCAUUUACGAAUGUAUAUGGGGCGCGCCAUUGCUUGUGGUUUUGACAGAUUGCAAAUGACAAUAAUUUCUGAAGAUUCAGAAAACAAUUAGAUUUAAUUCUCUCAAUUAGUAUCGUGUCGUAAAUGAUAUACAGGAAUUUAGUUAUUUUUAAGUUAAUUUUCACUCUUAUUCUAUCAUUUAUCAUGUAAGAUGUGGAAUAUAAAUUCGAAUUAAAUGUAGUCUAAGAUUGAACGAUCUAGUUCAAAUUGUCGCAGUUGUUAUUUACGACUUGAAGGUACUAGUUGAGAUUGAAUGUCGAAGCUAUAAUCUAAGAAGAUUUACAAAAUUGUUGUAUACAAUGGACAAUUGGCAUUGUAUUUAUUAUUACAGUAUACUGCGCUUAAAAGUUUCUCGUGCAUCAGUAAUUAUCAAUGUUUGACUAACCUAAAACAUCGAUUAACUAGCUUUGUUAAUUUUUAUUAAAUCUUUUUCACUAGCAACCAAAGAUUUGAUAAAGUGAAUUAUUUACUCUUCCUAUCGAUGUUUAAUCUGACAUCUGACAGUAUUUUAUAAUAUAUACCUACAGGUAAAAUGACUUUAUAUAAUACUGUAUUUAAUUUAGUGCUUAAUGCUCUAAGCGUACGUUUAAGAGAAAAUAGCAAGUCAAUAUGAGAUAAAAUUCAGAGCGACGUUCAAUUUUUUACGAAACGUUUAAUAGAGUACGAGUAAAUUAAUAAACAUUGAUUAUUGCAGUAAUUUAUAUCGCGCUCAUGUUUAUUAGUUUGGAAUUUUAUAGACUUUCAUUUUAACGAGAAUACAAAUAUCAUUUGCAAAAUACGAUUUCAAUAAUUUCAUUUAUUUCAAGAAGAAAUAUUAGAAAUGUUAGAAGAGGAACAAAAUUGUACGCUGCUUGAAUAGUACUCACUUAAUCUCGAAUUUUAAUUUUCAUAUUCACUUCUCACGCUGUUUAUGUUAAAUUAAACAUGCUAUGUCUUUUCAAUAUCUGACACGACUUCUAUUAACGUUAAGAGACUUCUUCCUCAAACAUAUUUUCCUCCAAAAUUAAUGUAAUUAGACAAUAACGAGCGACAAUAAUCUUAACAGUUCUGUAAUAAUAAUAUGGAAUGUGUCUGAUUCGUAAAGCUAUCUACUUAGAUAUAUCUGUUCUGCGAUGAUGUCUUAAACCUUAGACGAAGCAAAAUUUUAAGUACUCUUAAUAACAUUUAAUAGAUAUUGAUAUCUAACUUUCGAUAAGUUAACGAUAAACUUCCAAAUUAGUUAUUAAAUUUAUUAUAAUUCUAUCUGACACUUUGAACAAAUGUAGUAGUAAGUUUUUGUCACUUACAUUCAAUGCAUUUACUUUGCAAGUACAGAUAUAUUCAUAAGUAUAUUUGUUAAUUUUAGUAUAAUAAAAUUAACAAUCAGAUAGGGUUAGUCUCGAUGGUCUGAGGUAUUUCUGUAUCCGAGUUUAAGCGAUUCAUUGUUCGAUUGAGAGAUGUUCGCCAAGUCUUUGGUGAUUUUUGAGAUGUUUUCAUUCGACUAUUUCUACUACAACUGCGGUUUAGGACAGAAUGGAGGAAGCCGUGACGCGAUCUUCGACGUAUAGCAGUAGUCUGUGUAAAUUCUUAGUGCUCAGGGCUUGCAGGCUCGAUAGUAAUAACGCAAAAUUCAGCUUUCUUUUGUCCAUGAUACAUGUUUCAGUACUUAUCGAUAGAUCAUUGUGUAAUACGUGUAUGUUAAAUGUAAACGCGCGGUCGGAAAGAAUUGUGGUGUAAUUCCGAGUCGAUCGACAUCAACGAUUUGUCACUAAUGCGAAUGGUGUGUACCAUUGUUCGAUCGUCAUCGAUUUUAUGAGAAUGUAUUGAUGUGUUUGUCUAGACAAUAACGAGUAAACGAGAUGACAAUAAAACGAUAAUAAUAAACGAUGAAGUAAAA